AUGUUCUCUAACCUGACGAGCUUCGUGCAAAAGGCUCAGCAGUUCAUAGACCCGACACAGGGCCUGAAUCUCUCCAAUUCCGACCGGAACCCUUCAAAGGCAACUCUUUUCCAGGGCCAGUUUCGACUUCCCUCAUCCCAGCAUCCGGUGUACGAGAUCAAUGCCGAGCUUACAAUCCCCCCAUCCAACACAACACAAGGAGACCGAGACCAUGAGAGGGGAUGGCAUUACGCAGGCAAGCUUCACCUGUCUGAGGCAUACAUGUGCUUCUCUACAACGCCAUCGAGCUUUUCGCAGUCCGCCAGCACGUCAACCUCACAGGCCUUCACUGGGCAAACCCAUGGCGGUGGACCUAGUGGCAAUGGCUUCACAUUCCCACUCUGUGCUAUCCGCAGGGUGGAGAGGUUGAACAGCCAAAACUUUCAGUUUGCUCUCGCUUUUACGACGUGGAACGGACUCUUAUUCGACGACGCGAAAGAUAAAGACGGCAAGAAAGACAAGAAGGAUGGCAGAGAGCAACGAAUAAUCAUACACCUUGCUGGAACUCGACAGGCAUGUGAAAGAUUCUGCGAUGGCCUCAAGAGAGGUCUCAAGGCAGGGGUUGGCAGCGUAGGAAAGCUACGUGGUAUUGUCGCCGAAAACUACUCGGAAUAUCUCCUGCGAACGGACGAAAAGAAGAACGCAACCGCCCCUGAUGCUGGCCUUGGGAUGAUUUUCCGAUAUCCUGGCGAUGCCAAAAAGCUCAGAGACCGAUCCAAGAUGCGACUGUGGGCAGAAUAUCUUCGAGAUAACGGCCGCAAUGUUACCUUGAUCCGGCAACCCACGUUCCAUAAGUUAAUCCGCGUUGGUCUUCCCAAUCGUCUAAGAGGUGAAAUUUGGGAACUCACCUCUGGCUCGAUUUUUCUGCGAUUGGAGAACCCAGCACAGUACAAACAGACGCUGGAUAAAUUCGAAGGCCAGGAGUCUCUUGCCAUCGACGAGAUCGAAAAGGACUUGAACCGAAGCUUGCCAGAGUACCCCGGCUAUCAAAGCGAGGAGGGCAUUGGGAGACUCCGUCGAGUUUUAACCGCCUACAGUUGGACUAAUGCAGAAGUUGGCUAUUGUCAGGCUAUGAACAUCGUCGUUGCAGCGCUGCUGAUAUACAUGUCAGAAUCACAGGCUUUCUACCUCCUCUCCACUCUUUGCGAGCGAUUAGUUCCGGGAUACUAUUCUACCACCAUGUACGGCACACUUCUCGAUCAAAAAGUCUUUGAGUCGCUCGUGGAGAAAACCAUGCCGAUCCUAUGGGAGCAUCUUGUCAAGAGCGAUGUACAACUAUCUGUUGUCUCUCUGCCAUGGUUUCUAUCACUGUAUAUCAACUCUAUGCCCCUUGUAUUUGCCUUCCGAGUCCUGGACGUGUUCUUCGUGGAAGGACCCAAGGUCUUGUUCCAGGUUGGACUCGCCAUUUUGCGUAUCAAUGGCGAAGAGCUUCUCGACGCGACGGAUGAUGGAACCUUCAUCAGCGUCUUGAAAUUGUAUUUCUCCCGUCUCGAUGAAUCAGCUCACCCCAAGUCGGAGAAUCCUAAGCUCCGCGCCGUGACUCGCUUUCAAGAGCUCAUGGUGGUUGCGUUCAAGGAAUUUUCUGGCAUCACACACAGCAGCAUUACGGAGCUCAGGUUGAAGAAUAAAGACGCCGUUCUCAGUAACAUUGAGAACUUCGCCAAACGAACCGCCAUCCGUAACUUGGGGCCUGAUAGCAAACUUCUUGCCGCCGAUGAAUUAGCUUCGUUGUAUGAUCGAUUCUAUAAUGUCCUAUACGAUCGGCAGCAACGAGACAUGAUCAUUCAGGAGGAGCGGAAGCGGAGGACAAAGCUUAUCAGAUCUCGCGCGUCUGAUCUCUUCCCCAAUGCAAGUACAGAAAAUGAAGUUGAGAAAGGCCGCGUUGCUCUCGGACCAAGCACCAGCUUGAUGGACUAUGACGCCUUCCGCGAAUUUCUAGCUUCUUUGGCUAAAUGGGCGAUUUCAGACUCCCCUGGACAAUCGCGAUUCGACUCGAGCUUCGACUCUGAUAGAACUCCAAAGUACCAGAGUGCCCGAAGAGCUGCAGAUGCAUUCUCACCGUGGGGAACAGGCCCGGAGCCAGCUGAGCAUGAUUUUCUACGACGCACGUUCAAAAACUGGGAUGUUGACGGUAAUGGAGCCUUAACACUUCAGAACGUGGUCACUGGGCUUGCCAAAAUCAAAGGAAAGCGGGACAUUAUGGGGACCAUCAAUUACUUCUUCGAGCUAUACGAUGACGAUGGUGAUGGUAGAGUAGACCGCGAAGGAAUUCUGCGUAUAUCCGAAGCCUUGCUUUUCCUUUCUCGCCGCGGACUCGAAGGAUCACUAAGUCCAGGUGCCUCCAAUCUUAACCUGAGUGGGGAAUCGACGACUGCGCGCGAAUCUGGAGGGAGCUUGCCACCUGGGGCUUCAACAAAUGAGCGAUUCUUGGGUAGUGUUAGCGGGUUCAUUCGGCGUUGCUUUGAAUAUGCGGACCCUGAUCGUCCUGGUAAUGAGGAAACGGAAAAGACCCCAUCAACAGAACAACAGGAGGGCGGAAGUGGUGAAGCCUUUGCCAUCGGCGACGAUGACGAAGACGAAGAUGACCUCCUGGGCCCCGAUUCACCUACAGUGUCCCCCAGCAAGGCUAAGCUGCCAUCGUCGCUGUCUCCCGAGGGCGAUCAGGUAGCCGAUAGGAGUGCGUCGCAACGGCGGGCAUCCAAGACCGAAGCCGCCAAUGCAGCUCUGGAUCCAGCCCACCCACUUCACAUCACACUCCCCACAUUCAGGAUGGUUGUUCUUGCAGACGAGCUUCUCGAGCAGUUUUUCGAGUCUUCGUUUCCCUCGUCUUUCCACGUGAUUGAGGGCAUUCAGGCCGCCUCAGCCUCUGCUUCAAGUUCUGGGCUCACCACAUUCCAGAGCCUCGGCUUCGGCGCGAGGGCACCAGCACCCAUACAGCCUGGGCCCCCUGAAGCCGGCCGUGGCUUGCGCGGUAUGCUCGAUGGCAUUGUCACAGAUGGAAUGCGCGUUGCAACGGAAGUCCGACGUCGUAUGGAGGAGGCCCAGAAGGAACUUGAGAAGAAUGCUCUACCUGGCCAACGACCUGAUGAUGAAGAGGAGGACGACGAGGAUAUCGGAGUUGUUGUCGGCGUCCGAGGAAAUGCAGCAGGGACCAGUGCUGAUGUAGACCGACGGUCAGUCAAGAGCAGCGAUCGCGAUCUGCUCAGUGGGGCAGACGCAGAAGCUGGAUCCUACAAAGAAUCAGGGCAGAGUCUUAUCGAUGUGGAUUCUAAGCCGCUGCCUGCAAGGCCGAUGGAAAUAAACGAGCCUGGUGUCGUGGAGUUUGAAGGUUGA